GUUGAUAAUGUGUUAUACACAUCUAGGAAGUAAUACUCGAGCAGUUAUUACCUUUACUCAUAAAUGUUUCAUAAAAACAUUACUAAUAUUAUUUAUGUUUAUAUUCAAUAAUAAUGACAGAAUUUACAGCUGUACAGAUACUAGCCACAUACAUACACACGCAUGCACAACAGACCAUAAAUGUUGCACUGUUUGACGAGUUUGCUGGUAGUUGCGUUUGUAGUUCUAUUUGAGUUUUACGAAUCAUUAGUUAACUUAUUUGCAGAAAUGGUGCUAAAGGUGUGGAUAUGGUGCUUUCUUGUGUCAGCAAGUAAUGUGGUAAUAGCUUUGGAAAAUGGAUUAGCUAGGACGCCACCCAUGGGAUGGUUGGCAUGGGAAAGGUUCAGAUGUAACACCGACUGCAAAAAUGAUCCUGACAAUUGUAUAAGCGACCAACUAUUUAGAACAAUGGCCGAUAUAGUUGUAGCAGAUGGAUAUGCAGCAGUAGGAUAUGAAUAUAUUAAUAUAGAUGAUUGUUGGUUAGAGAAAGACCGAAGUUAUGAUGGUCAAUUGGUCCCAGAUAGAAAACGUUUCCCAUAUGGAAUGAAAAAUUUAGCCGAUUAUAUUCAUUCGAAGGGACUUAAAUUUGGAAUUUAUGAAGAUUUUGGCAAUUACACGUGCGCUGGUUAUCCUGGAGUAAUCGGACAUCUAGAUACUGAUGCACUGACCUUUGCAUCUUGGGAUGUAGAUUAUGUAAAAUUAGAUGGGUGUUAUGCACAUCCAUCAGAAAUGGACAGAGGAUAUCCCGAAUUUGGAUUUUUUCUAAAUCAAACAGGAAGGUCUAUGAUAUAUUCGUGCAGUUGGCCUGUUUAUCAAAUAUAUGCUGGUAUGAAGCCGAACUUCACAGCGAUAAUAGAACACUGCAACUUGUGGAGAAAUUUUGAUGACAUACAAGAUUCGUGGCACAGUUUAGAAACUAUUAUCGAUUACUAUGGAAACAAUCAAGACUCUAUUGUACCAAAUGCUGGACCCGGACAUUGGAACGAUCCUGAUAUGUUAAUUAUCGGUAAUUUUGGUUUAAGUUAUGAACAAAGUAAAACUCAAAUGGCUCUGUGGGCGAUUUUAGCAGCACCUUUGUUAAUGUCGGUUGAUCUUCGAACGAUUAGACCGGAAUACAAAGCUAUUUUACAAAACAAGAAAAUAAUUGCUGUCGACCAAGAUCCACUUGGUAUACAAGGUCGUCGUAUAUAUAAACAUAAGGGUAUUGAGAUAUGGGCACGACCAAUAACGCCGAUACAUCAAUCGUAUUAUUCUUAUGCGAUAGCAUUUUUAAAUAGAAGAACAGAUGGUACACCUUCGGAUGUUUCAGUCACAUUGAAAGAACUCGGUUUACAAUUCCCUGGAGGAUACAAAGUAGAAGAUUUAUAUGAAGAUGUGAACUAUGGCGUCUUAUUGCCACACACAAAGAUCAAAGUUAAAGUUAAUCCAUCUGGUGUAGUUAUUUUACGAUGCGAUUUACAACUGGAUGACAUCUAUGCAUCAAGUCAUUAUACAUCUUUCGAGCCUUUAAAUCAAGUUUUCAAAGUUAGACAAAAUCCAUAUGAAGAAUGAUUCUUUUUUAAAAUCUUUUUAUUAUAUACACAUUUGACCAUACAAUGAUAAUUUCCCAAAAUAGGAAGUAACAAAACUUACAUAAGUCUUAAAUUUAUCGAGAAUGUUAGAAAAAAGCAUUCUUUUGCAAAAGAAAGUAAAUUUUACACUCUAUGAUAUA